CAACCUGCGUCUCCCCAUCACACACACUGAGGAGACACACAGAAGAAACGCUGUGAGGGCACACUGUGUAUCUCUACCAGCUGAUGCACACAUACACGUUUUUAUUUCAUGUAUGAACAGAUACGUAGCGUGUUUUUUAAAAUUUCAUAUCAACAGACGGUUCAUGGAGCAGGUGCGCUGCCGGGAUUUUGGGUCUUCAUUUGUCUUGAAGGGGUUACACUGCGCCGCUGUUUGUUGUCACUUCCGGGCGAGUCUGAAUUAGCCGAUCAUCACACCGCCGGUGAAGAAGAAGGGGAGGAAGAAGAAGUUGAUGAACAUCGAUGCUCCGUGCAGGCAGGAUGGAGGAGUUUGUGACGGAGGAAGAGGAGCCGUGGUACGACCAGAGGGACCUGGAGCAAGACCUGCACUUGGCAGCGGAGCUCGGUAAGACCCUCCUGGAACGCAACAAGGAGCUGGAGGAAUCCCUGCAGCAGAUGUACAUCAACAACGAUGAGCAAGUGCUGGAGAUAGAGUACCUGUCGAAGCAGUUGGAAACGUUGCGGGAGAUGAACGAGCAGCACGCUAAGGUGUACGAACAGCUGGACGUGACGGCCAGAGAGCUGGAGAUCACCAACGAGAAGCUGGUGCUGGAGAGCAAGGCCUCGCAUCAGAAAAUAGACAGGUUGACGGGCACCAUGGAGAUGCUGCAGGGUCAGGUGGAGAACCUGACCACUCGGGUGGAGGAGCUGAGAACUCUGGAGGAGCUGAGGGUCCGCAGAGAGAAGAAGGAGCGCCGCAAGACUGUGCACUCCUUCCCUUGCCUCAAAGAGCUCUGCACCGCGCCAAGGUAUGAGGAUGGUUUCCUGCUGGCCAACCCUGGCAGUGUGGACCUGGCUGAGAGCCAGCCCGUGGACGAGGAGAACGAGCGUCUGAGAGACAUUGUGUCCUCCCUGCGCUCAGCUGUGUCUCUAGAGCGGUCCCAGAGGGAGGGAGCAGAGAGGGAGUGUGCCUCCGUGCUGCAGGAGUUUGAGCGACUGGAGCAGCGUCUCCUGGGAGCGGAGGGCUGCCAGCUGCGGGUUCAGGAACUGGAGGCGGAGUUGCAGGAGAUGCAGCAGCUCAGGAAGUCCAGGGUGUGCCUGAUUGGAGGGAUGGAGGACAGCCUGGAGACGCUGCUCAGCAACGGCCCCGAGACAGACACCCCGGAGGAGGGCGUAGGGCAGGAGGAAGGAGGCAGUGGAGAAGCAGGGGGCUCGGGGCAGCAGGGAGGCCCGGUGAGGAAGAGCUGCAGCGACACGGCUCUGAACGCCAUCUCUGCCCGGGACGCAUCAGGCAGGAGACAGGGCAGCUACGCCACACAUGCCAAUGGUGUGCGCAAACGCGGCAUGUCCAUCCUGCGCGAGGUGGAUGAGCAGUACCACGCCCUGCUGGAGAAGUAUGAGGAGCUGCUGUGGAAGUGCCGGCGCCACGAGGAGAGCCUGUGCCACGCCGGGGUGCAGACCUCCAGGCCCGUCUCCAGAGACCCCUCCAUGAAGGAGUACAGCAUGGUGAGCGAUGGGCCUUCCACAUCGGGGGCUGUUGCCGCAAUUCCCACGCCACCUCAAACCCCCUCUACCCCGGAGGCCCUGGAGGGGAUCAGCCGGCAGGUGGAGCAAGUGGACAAACGCCUCAGCCAGAACACGCCCGAGUACAAGGCGCUGUUCAAAGAGAUCUUCUCCCGCCUGCAGAAGACCAAGAGUGACGUGAACUCCAAGAGCAAAAAGGGUCACAAAUGAUAUCACACGCACUGAAGACAGUGACUCCAUCAGAUUUAUUUACCUGUUUCAGGACUUCUUGUCUUACAUUUGACCACCUGUGACUCGGAUGAUUAAUAAUGCUUGUUGUUAGCAGUGAAUGGCUGAUUUGACUGAAACUGCCACAUUUCUCUACCUGGAUGGAAGAUCGUUGAUGAAAUGCCUUUUCCUCAGUGACCGUGGAAUAAUCAGGAUGUUAGGACAGACUAGUGUGUGAUGUAGUUUGUGAUUGAGAUGUGUUAAUGCAUAAAUUAUUUAACUACUAUUUUUUAUUUAUGGAAACCAGUUAAGCCAAAUAAUAUUAAGAGAAACGAGCCGGCUUUGAAACUACUUACAGCAUUUAAAGCAUGCACUUGUCUAAUAAACACUAAGUGCUAAAUAAGUCCUUUAAAGCAGGAGGGAACAAAUCACAAGCUUCUGAGCAGCUUGAGGUUGCGUAAAAGAUGUGUGUUUUACUGUGUUUUGAAUUUGUUGGGAUGGUUCAAAUCCUUCAGCUGCCAAAGUGUACUGUGCAUACGUGUCUAAUUUGUUUACUUACAUGGUUUAGUUAAACUUAUCUGGUGAAGGAGAUGAGAUGCCUCUGGUGUUUUUACAGCAUGCAUUACAAGCAGCAGGCGGAUGAUCUCCGUUUCAGGGAUUCGUUUGAGAUAACUUUAUCAGUUCUACGCCAUGCUACUACAUUGUCAAAAGCCAUUUAAAAUGUUUCUUGUUGAUUAAAAUAAGAAAUGUA